UAGCUAGCUUUGUAGUUUUCUUAAUUGGCAAAUCAACCAUGGAGUGUGAUAAAGGGCUUUCUAAGCGUUACAUGAACUUGAAACCCGAAGAAGUUAGAUUUGUGGAUCUCUUUCGCAUCUUAUUCUCUGUUAACAUCGACAACAAGAACUUCGUGGAUAGCAAAGCAAGGAAGACAAAGGAGGAUACCUUCGACAUUCGCUGGCUCAUUUUUCUCUCUAUUGUGGCUCAAAAGCUAUUGCAAUUUGUCUCCAAGCCAUUGUCUUUCAUUGGGUCUACUCUGGAACUUUUGCUCAACCUUCUGUCAUUCAACACGAAUAUUAUUGUGCUCCUUUUUAAUGUCUUACGAGGAAAGGUAGUGGUGCCAGACAGGGAAUCGGCGAAUUUCAAAUCAUUUGUGGGAAAAACAGACGAAAGAACUGAGUUAGAUGCCAACAUCGGACGUGGAGAUGGCAUGAGAUACUUUGCUGCACUAUCAAGUAUGGCCUCUAAGGUUUCAUACGAGAACAAGGCCUACAUCAAAGCCGUAGUUGAGGAUCAAUGGAAGAUGGAGUUGUUGGGAUCGUAUGACUUUCGGAAUGAUUUUCAAGAUAAGGCCACAACGCAAGCCUUCAUUUGUCGCGACAAGACGAAGGACCAAGACACAAUUGUCGUGGCAUUUAGGGGAACCGAACCAUUCGAUGCCGACGCAUGGUGUACUGACAUUGAUCUUUCUUGGUAUAAAUUCCAGGGAGCUGGGAAGAUCCAUGGAGGUUUCAUGAAAGCUCUAGGCAUGCAGAAAUGUGCAGGUUGGUCUAAAGAAGUUAAAAAAGACGUUAAUGGUGGCGGACCCUUAGCUUAUUACACAAUCAGAGACAUGUUAAGAGAGAUUCUUACAGAAAAUGAUAGAACAAAAUUUAUAGUGACUGGUCACAGCCUAGGUGGGGCACUAGCAAUUUUGUUUCCAGCAGUGUUGGCGUUUCAUGAGGAGAAAUUGUUGUUGGAGAGAUUGGAAGGAGUGUACACGUUCGGACAACCAAGGGUGGGAGAUGGUAAAUUUGGAAAUUACAUGGAGAAAACGUUUAGAGAGAAUGGUAUCAACUAUUACAGAUUUGUUUAUUGUAAUGACAUGGUUCCGAGGGUGCCUUAUGACUACAAAGGGCUUCUGUUCAAGCACUUCGGCACCUGUGUUUACCAUGACCGUCGCUACAAGGGAAAGGUGGUUGUAGAAGAGCCCAAUAAGAACUACUUCUCCCCUUGGUAUGUAAUUCCAAUGAUGCUAAAUGCAGUUUUUGAGCUUAUCAGGAGUUUUACCAUUUGGUACACACAAGGACUUUAUUACAGAGAAACUUGGUUGCUCAAAGUGGGUAGGGUACUUGGAUUGGUGAUUCCAGGCAUAUCUGCUCAUUGCCCCCAAGAUUAUGUGAACCUCACACUUUUGGGAUCAACUGAUGUAUUUGUACCUCGUACGCGUUAGAAAUACAUGUUUUUUUUAUUAUUAUUCGUCUGUUCGGGUGAAGGUUCAAGGUCUUUAUUUCCCAUCGUGGUCAAUAAGUUGAUCGAUCAUGUAUGGUUUUUGCAUUGAGUAGUAUGUUCUUAACGUUUAUCAAUGAAAAACAGUGCUAAUCUAUUUUCUUUUAUAAA